AUGAACAAGGAAAAAGUGGGGCGCAGGUUGGACCUUGUGGGAAGCUCCGCCGGGUCCAUCAUCAGUGUGGCGGCUUGGUGUGCGCUGCAGGCCUCUAGCGCGGACAUUAUCCUUGCUGCUGUCGAUGAGCGAAUGCGGAGUCCGUCCACAACUGAUGCAACGCGGUGUGCGCUACUCAAUGUCAUUCACGAGCUCCUCCUCACGUGCGCCGCAAACGGAAUCCCGGAGGUGGGAAAGCGGGGCGUGCUGAUGGCGGUAAGCAAGACGCUGCCUGGAACGGUGCAGGCGGUGCGCACACUUCAGGGGGGUGACGCAGGGGUGUUUGAGCAAGCCCUGGCGAGGGUCGUCUCGUGGUGGUCGAUGCUCAACAUUUUCCCCCUUGCGUGGAUUAAGCAGCUCGGCGUCAAGGGGGAUGCCGAGCAGCCCAGUGACGCGGCGGCAGGCGGUGCCUCAAUGCCAGCACAACUGCAUUACAUUGCGGAUAUGAUGACAAAAUACAACGCAGCGAAAGAGGAGUGUCAGCGGGUGCUGCAAGCCUCACCGGAGCGUGGGACGUCUGCACGUGAGGAGGCGUUGCAGAUGCUUGCCAAACUCCGCGCCGCUGUUGACAGUAGGUUGGACGGCGGCGUCUCCCUCGUUACGUGGCUGGAUGCGGAGCGAGAUGCGCUGGAGGGAAACGUGCAGAGCCCCGGUGGGAUCACCCAAACAGGGCAAAACGAGGAGGACGACGUUCUCGGGUCCUUCUUCUAA